GUAUGAAGUCGAUACACAAUAUACCAGGAGUUCUAUCUGCUGCUUGUUCCUUCCCUGUAAUUUCGUCUUCAAGAAGAUCGAAGAUUUUCUUAGUCUCAAGAACAUGCAUGCUCUGGCUGGAGGCCCAGUAUGAAGCUUCUCCCCACGCUAUUCACGAAGCAUAUCGAAUCCACCAUUGUAGUCCCACUAUUUCUCUAACUCACUUGAUACUGAAGUUCAGUUCUCGAUCUAGACCUACACCCUCUUCCCGAAACAAUUCUAUCUGAACAAAAAACAAAAGCGGGAGGGGAGAAAGCCUUUCUUAGCUAUCUAAGGUAGCUAUCUAAGGCGACCCGAUUCCGCGGCAUCAUACUAUAGAAUACGAGCAUGAGCUAGCCAUAUGAAUUGUUUUCAUACUCCGUCAGA